AGGAGCAGAAGGAGCAGAAGGAGCAGAAGGAGCAGAAGGAGCGCGGCCCUCCGGUUCUCUGUCUCUCUCCACUUGUUGAACGCUGGUUCUGGUUCUGUCUCCGCGGUGUUUCGGACCGUUCCAACCCGGUUUGUGUCUCUGUGUCCCGGUGUGGACGCUGCAUGGCUGACUGAAGAAUAAAAACCAUUUCAGACUUCACACCACACACACACUUACACACACCAACACACUCCGCAGCCAGCUUUUACCGGAUCGAUAUUUCAUAAUUUAUUCACGCGGGGCUCCGGGAACCAGAGCGAGCCGAGCGCGGCGCCGCGUCCUGGCCGCGGGGUGGCACCGCUGUCUCCGGGCUCUGCACCGCCACCAGACGACGUCGAAACGGCUUGAAAACGGAGCGCUGCUGCCUCCCUGGAACACCCACUGCGUGUUUUAAAAAGCUGGAUACACGAUUAAUAUUCCAGGAGUUGGAUUAUUGUGCUGGUCUGAGCGGCGGGACGCUCCGAGAGACACGCCGGCCGCAGCGCCCUCUCCGCCGGGCAGCACCGCUGGGUGGCACCGCUGGGAUGAGACUCUCCAGCGGGGUUAAAAACAACUAAUCUGGUUCGGAUCACAGAGUCGUGACCUGGUUGUUUGUAUUUUUGGAUCUGGAUAAUUAGCUUCAGCAGCGGGAGGAGCUGCAGGAACACGCCGAGCACGGCGCGCCGUCGCCGGGCUGCGCCGCCGUGUCCGCCCCGCUGGGAUGCCUCUCCUCCGGGGGGAUCUGCUCCACAGCUCCGGGCUUCUCUGCACCGUCAAGUGGACCCCGUCACGCCCCGUGGUGUCACGCUCCGCUCGGUGAGUCUGUGUGUGUAGCAGCAGGGCCAUGGCGGACCCUGAGGCCGCGGACGGCCGGACAGCGAGCCCUCUGCCCGGGAAGAAGAGGGCGCAGCAGUCCCCGGGCCCCCGGCCCCGGUACCAGUCCCCGGGCCCCCGGCCCCGGUACCAGAGCCCCGCAGCGGGCCACUGCCUCCGGAGGGUCACCCUGACCAAGCCCACCUUCUGCCACAGCUGCAGCGACUUCAUCUGGGGGCUGGUCGGCUUCCUGUGCGAAGUGUGUAACCUGAUGUGUCAUGAGCGCUGUGUGAAGACUCUGACCUCCUCCUGCUCCUGUGUGACUCCGUCUCUCAUCAGGGUCCCGGUAGCUCACUGCUUCGGUCCGGCGGCUCAUAAGAAACGUUUCUGCUGCGUCUGCAGGAAACAGACGGAGGGGAGCUCAGCGCUGCGCUGCGAAGUGUGUGAGCUGCACGUGCACGCCGACUGCGCCGUCUUCAGCUGCGCAGACUGUCGCAGUUCUCACCUGGACGCCACGCUGCAGCAGGAUACGUUCCACCACCACUGGAGGGAGGGGAACCUGCCGUCUGCAGCGCGAUGCCUCGUCUGUCGGCGUUCCUGCAGCUCGUCUGACGUCAUGACGGGGAUGAGGUGUGAGUGGUGCGGCGUCACGAGCCAUGCAGCGUGCUACCUCAGCGUGCCACCAGAGUGCACUCUGGGACGUCUGCGCUGCAUGAUGCUGCAUCCUUCCUGCGUCCGCCUCGACUCCAGAAACUUCAGCAAGAUGCACUGUUACCGUAUAACAGAGAGCUGCAGCCAGGACACUGAUAACUCUGAUGACGUCGACUCGCCUGCUGCUGCCUGUAAAGACGGUCAGCCGGCCGCUCCAGAGUCCGGUAAACAGUUCCUGAAGGUGUUUGACGGCGAUGACGCGGUGAAACGCGGCUUCUUCCGAUUGGUUUCCAUCAUCCGAGCCACGAAGAACGAAGAAGUUGUGGAGGCGGCGCUGAGGGCUUUCUACCUCCCCGACGACCCUCAGCACUACGAGCUGCAGGAGGUCGGCGGCCUGCAGCGUCUGCACAGCGACGACAUCCUCAACCGCAACGGCGCCGCGGCGCCCGACAACCGGAGCUCGCUGAAGGACGGCGGGGACGCCUGGCUGCUGAGGGCCAAACCGCGAGACGCCGAGGUCAUCAAGGUGCACGCCGCCUGGCCCGGGUCGGACGCUGUUUCCGUCUCCGUGUCCGGCGGCAGCACGGCGGCGUCCGUCCUCGCCGACGUCCUCCGGCAGCUCCACAGAGAGGAGGACGAGUCGAGUUUCAGCCUGAUGGAAGUUCACAUGAGCAGCAAACAAGUCCAGAGACAGUCGCUGAGUCGUCAGGAGAAGAUUCAGGACAAACUGCAGGAGAUCAGGAAGGUGUCCCUGCGUCAGAUGAACCAGACCCGGUUCUACGUGGUGGAGACCAGGACCCGGGCGGUCCAGGUGAGCCUCCUGAUUGGAGGACUGCCCCCCCUGCUGACCAGAGACGAGUACCAGCAGCUGAUCCAGGAGCACCUGGCCGCCAAGAGUCACCUGGUCACCAUCAGCCACGUCUACGCCAGCCAAGGAGCCGUGGUGGUGUGUGUCUCCUGUUUCUCUGAAGCUGAGAGAAUCUUCAUGUUGGCUAAAGAUUCUUCAGUCAGCAACAAACAGCUCUGGUCUGUUGUGGUCCCCGAGAUCCAGCUGGGUGGACUGGUCUCUGUGGUUCCUCUGCUGGUGUUCGUGAACCCUCGUAGUGGAGGUCUGAAGGGUCGGGAGCUCCUCUACGGCUUCAGGAAGAUCCUCAACCCCCAUCAGGUGUUUGACAUCUCUAACGGAGGCCCGCUGGCAGGACUCCACACGUUCCGGGAGGUGCCCAGGUUCCGGGUUCUGGUCUGUGGGGGCGACGGGACCACCGGCUGGGUCCUGGGGGUCCUGGAGGCCCUCAGACACAAGCUGGUCUGUCGGGAGCCCCCCAUCGGGAUCGUCCCGCUGGGGACAGGUAACGAUCUGGCCCGUGUGCUGCGUUGGGGGUCGGGUUACAGCGGCGAGGACCCGCAUCACAUCCUGGUCUCUGUGGACGAGGCGGACGAGGUCCUGAUGGACCGCUGGACCAUCCUGCUGGACGCCCAGGACAUCUCUGAGGACGGCAAGGACAACGGCUUCCUGGAGCCCCCCAAGAUUGUUCAGAUGAACAACUACUUUGGUCUGGGCAUCGACGCCGAGCUGAGCCUCGACUUCCACCAGCAGAGAGAAGACGAGCCGGACAAGUUCACCAGCAGGUUCCAUAAUAAAGGUGUGUACGUGAAGGUGGGUCUGCAGAAGAUCAGCCACAGCAGGAGUCUCCACAAAGAGCUGCAGCUGCAGGUCGACGCCCACAACGUCCCCCUCCCCAACAUAGAGGGCUUAAUCUUCCUCAAUAUACCCAGUUGGGGUUCAGGUGCUGACCUGUGGGGGUCAGAGGUCGACGGUCGCCAUGGGAAGCCGAGCAUCGAUGACGGGCUGCUGGAGGUGGUCGGGGUCACCGGGGUCGUCCACAUGGGUCAGGUCCAGAGUGGGCUGCGUUCAGGGAUCCGUAUUGCUCAAGGGAACUACAUCAGGCUGACGGUCAGUAAGCCGAUACCUGUCCAGGUGGACGGGGAGCCCUGGAUCCAACCUCCAGGACACAUCAUCAUCUCUGCUGCUGGACCCAAGGUUCAGAUGCUGAGGAAGUCGAAGCAGAAGCAGAAGAAGUCGUCGGCGAGCUCGAGGGACGGACGCUCAGAGAGCCCGUCCUCCAGAGACGGAGGACAGUGAGCGCCCAGCGUCCAGCGUCUUCAUCCUGCUGCAGAUCAGACGUCUGCUCCAGCUCUCAUCUAACACAUGGUUCAUAUUUAGCAAAUAAAAACUACUUUUUUUAACCCAAAAAUAGAUCUAAAACAGGAUUCCUGCAUCCGUUGAGAAGAGUUGAUAAGAGAGAUAAUCCCUCAGAGUGGAUGAGCUUCAAAUAACAAAUGAACAAAUGAAAUAUUAAAGUAUUUAACAGAAUGUGACUGUCUGCACUGAUAAAAAGUUGUGUCUAAAACCAGAUCAAACAGUAAAUCUGAGGGAAAUGAUCUUGCUGCAUGGACAGAUAAUUUACCUAGACAAGAUUUAUUAAAUUAAGAUUAUUAAAUCUAGAAAUAAGCAUGUUGAACACUGAAAAUAAGAAAUUAACUCUUAAAACAAGAAUAAAACCAGAAUUAAUCCACAUAAAACCAGAAUCAAACCAGUUAAAACCACAAUAAAACCACAUAAAACCAGAAUUAAUCCACAUAAAACCAGUUAAAACCAGAAUUAAACCACAUAAAUCCAGAAUAAAACCAAUAUAUUUCUUAAAUUAAGAUUAUUAAAUCUAGAAAUAAGCAUGUUGAACACUGAAAAUAAGAAAUUAACUCUUAAAACAAGAAUAAAACCAGAAUUAAUCCACAUAAAACCAGAAUCAAACCAGUUAAAACCACAAUAAAACCACAUAAAACCAGAAUUAAUCCACAUAAAACCAGUUAAAACCAGAAUUAAACCACAUAAAUCCAGAAUAAAACCAAUAUAUUUCUUAAAUUAAGAUUAUUAAAUCUAGAAAUAAGCAUGUUGAACACUUAAAAUAAGAAAUUAACUCAUAAAACAAGAUAAAUUAUCUAACACUUCUAAAUUUUAAUUUUUAGUUUUUAAUUUAAUUUCUAAAUUUUAGUUUUUUUUUUUAAUUUUAGUUUUUUUUUAAAUUGUGGUAAGUAACAAAUAAUUGUCAGUGCAGCUUUAAUUUAUCUGGUUUU